UCUCUCUCUCUUCCACAGCGUUCACUUCCUUGUUUUCUUCUUCGAGAGAGAGAGGGGCAGAGACGCCGCGCGCGCUGCCCUCGACGCUCGAGCUCGCUCCCCCCACCACCACCUCUCCCUCCUCCUUCCGAGGGCGCGCGGAUGGCGAGGCGCGCGGCGGCGGGGCUCCUCCGCCGCCACCUGGGGCCCCUCGCCGCCGGCGAGACACUGCAGGCGCGAGGCAUGUAUCCUAAACAAUAUGGAGCCGCAAACCAUGCUUUUAGCAGAUUCUAUUCGAUUCAAGGUCAGCAACGCUCUUUGUAUGGAUUCAGGACUAAUGUGGAAACAGAUGACACACAACAAAGCGCACGCAUGAAUUUUGAAGUCCAGAAGCGUUCAUUCAGUUCUGCAGCAGCACACGUUCAGAGGAAUCCUGCAUAUUCAGUGCUGAAUUCUGAUGAUGUCUCCUACUUUAAGAGUAUCUUGGGUGAUAGUGGUGUGGUUCAGGAUGAAGACAGAGUAUCAGUUGCAAAUAUGGAUUGGAUGGGUAAAUACAAGGGUUCAAGUCAGUUAUUGCUUUUACCAAAAAGUACUGCGGAGGUUUCUAAGAUCCUUUCUUAUUGCAACUCCAGACGAUUGGCUGUGGUCCCUCAGGGUGGGAACACAGGUCUUGUAGGUGGCAGUGUGCCUGUUUAUGAUGAGGUUAUCAUCAGCCUUGGUGGUAUGGACAAAAUAAUAACCUUUGACAAUGUAAAUGGUAUUCUUACUUGUGAAGCUGGUUGUGUGUUGGAGAAUUUAAGCUCCUAUGUGGAAAAUAAGGGGUUUAUUAUGCCGCUUGACCUGGGAGCAAAAGGUAGUUGUCACAUAGGUGGCAACAUUUCAACUAACGCCGGUGGCCUACGUUUCAUACGUUACGGUUCACUUCAUGGAAGUGUACUUGGUCUUGAAGUUGUCUUGGCCGAUGGAACUGUUCUCGAUAUGCUUACUACUUUAAGGAAAGACAACACUGGAUAUGAUCUGAAGCACUUAUUUAUUGGAAGUGAAGGCUCACUAGGAAUUGUCACUAAAAUUGCAAUACUUACUCCUGCAAAGCUACCAUCAACUAAUGUUGCAUUUCUUUCCUGCAAUGACUACAUAAGCUGUCAGAAAUUAUUACUGGCAGCCAGGAGGAGCCUGGGUGAGAUUCUCUCUGCAUUUGAGUUCAUGGAUCGUCAUUGUAUUAAUCUGGCUAUGAAAUAUUUGGAAGGAGUUCACAAUCCUCUACCUGUAUCACCGUUCAAUUUUUAUGUUCUAAUCGAGACGACAGGAAGUGAUGAGUCAUAUGAUAAAGCCAAACUUGAAGCUUUUUUGUUGCGUUCAAUGGAAGAUGGCCUGGUAGCUGAUGGAGUUAUAGCACAAGAUAUUAGCCAAGCCUCUAAUUUUUGGAGAAUUCGUGAGGGUAUAUCAGAAGCAUCCGUCAAAGUUGGGGCUGUCUACAAGUAUGACUUGUCCAUACCCGUAGAGAAGCUAUAUGAUAUUGUUGAAGAAAUGCGCAGCCGUGUUGGUGAUAUGGGACAAGUAUUGGGCUAUGGGCACCUUGGUGAUGGGAACCUGCAUCUGAACAUCUUAUCAACAAAGUACAGCGACAAGAUGCUGGCACAAAUUGAACCAUUUGUCUACGAGUGGACCUCCAAACAGAGAGGGAGCAUUAGUGCAGAGCAUGGAUUGGGUCUAAUGAAAGCCGAGAAGAUUCACUACAGCAAGUCAUCUGAGGCAGUGCAACUGAUGGCUUCCAUCAAGAAGUUGCUCGACCCAAAUUCAAUCCUGAACCCCUACAAGGUUCUCCCACAGUCCGUCCUGUAGCUGGAAACGCAGGUUACUACGAGCUACAGAAGACAAAUCAGUAAAUACAAUCCUCGAGAGAAUAAGAUGGUGAUUGCGAAGAAGUUAGUCAUUAUGGACAGAGAGAUCGCGGGAGAGACUGCCUCACUACUCAACUGAUUUACAAUAAUAAACAGUUAGAACGGCACUGGAUUGUAGCCAACCCAGCAAGUUAAUAAAUUUCAGGUGCUGUAACAGUUUCGGAUGUGCUGUUGUCGGAUGUACAUGUACUCAUCUCCAGUAUGUGAACCUGGCAACUAGAAAUAAAUUCUACCAUGAUAUUCUGCUUUUCUUCAUUCA